AGCGAGAGCGGGCGAGCUGAGAGCCGAGCGCGAGGAGCCAGAGCCGCCCGGGCCCCGCCGCCGCCGCUGCCGCCGCUGCACAAAGCCACGAGCCCGCGCCGGAGCCAUGUCUGCGUCUGCCGGCGGUGGCCACCAGCCUAGCCAGAGCCGCGCCAUCCCCACACGCACCGUGGCUAUCAGCGACGCAGCGCAGCUACCUCAGGACUACUGCACCACGCCCGGGGGGACGCUGUUCUCCACAACACCGGGAGGAACACGAAUCAUUUAUGACCGAAAGUUUCUGUUGGACCGUCGCAAUUCUCCCAUGGCGCAGACCCCACCUUGCCAUCUGCCCAACAUCCCUGGAGUCACCAGUCCUGGCGCCUUAAUCGAAGACUCCAAAGUAGAAGUGAGCAACUUGAACAGCCUGAACAAUCAUGACAGGAAGCACGCAGUUGGGGAUGAGGCUCAGUUUGAGAUGGACAUCUGACUGUGCUGCGGUGUCGAAGGAGGCUGUGUGCAUCUGACUGGGCCAGUAGGAACACAGCGUACAGAGAAGCUCCAGUCCCCUGUCCCCCUCUGGGUGCCAAAUAAUGGGAGAUGUUCUCCGUCUGAGCACAUCUUCCUGUCCCCUGCCCUCUGCCCAGUUAAGGUUAGGUUGGUGAAGAAGCCCAUGGACGAUUGUGUGGAGCUGAGCGGUCCACAGAGGAAAGUCCACAGUGGAAGGCAGUCCCUGGAGCGUCCCUGGUCAUUUCCCAAGAAUCUUCCUGCCCUAUUGAGACUUGCCCCCAAGUCUAGGACGGUCUCCAAGCAGCACCUCUGCUUGCAGGGUUGGGGGUGAAGGCUCUUUAGUGCCCAUUGCUGUUCCUGGGCUCUCUCUGUCCUUCCCUGUAGCCUACUGCUGAUUCAGUGCUGGCUGUAGGGGGGGAUGGGGGCGUUUGUCCUCAGCACUGAGCACAGCUCCUGUACCUCCUGCACCUCCAGCUGCAUUCCUGGGACAUGUGACACCAGCUUCCCUUUUCUCUGGGAGGAAGGCUUCUGUCUUGUCUUGGGUGUGAUAGCUUCCCCCCCCCCCAUUCCUUUACCUAAUUCAUUGGCACGGGUAUUGUUUUAAGCCCUCCUGAAGGGACCCCUUGGUGACCAGCUGGUCUUUGCCUGUCUGACAUUCUUUCUUAAGUGCAUCCUGUAGGCAGAGUCCUUUCCACCCUGUCACACCCCAUGACUUUUGUCUGCUCCCAGAGCAGAAGUGCCAACGCUUUGGCCUCCACUGGUGGAUACAGCCUGGUCACAGUGGUCCAACUGAGAAUCUAUCAGUGGCCUCUGAAGAGGACUGAGGCACGGUGCAGCCAGCCUUAGUGGUCAUGGUUUUAAAACCUGGUGCACCUUAGUAGGUUUGAUGUCCUGCAGGAUACUAUAUCUUGAGUUUAGAGUUGACUUCCCCCUGCGUCUGUCCCCUCUGUGGGUCUGCUUUGUGCUUGGCUGCCGAGAGAGAAGUGCAGACUGAGACAGUGGUUCCUCCUGGGUCUUGCCCUUCCCAUCGUCCAUCUGUCCUUCUCUCCCCUCGCUCUCUUCCCUUCUGGUUCUUCCACUGGGCCAUUUUCCAAAUCAGAGAUGCCUCCCAUGUUGGUAUCUGAUUAAUAUCUGUCUCUCCUUAUCAGAGGAGAGACCUUUUAUUUUUAAGAUGACUACAGACCUAUUUUUAGAUAAGUUUUCAGUACAAUUUUGAACUACAACUUUUUUAACAAAACAUCUUCCAGUAUUGGGAAGGUUAUUAAAAAACAAAAAACAAAAAAACCCAAUGUUUGUAGGCAGGUCCGUUACUGUCACUGUCCUUUGUUUCCCAUAGCUCCUUCUGAGCGCCUUCCUGUGCCCUCCAGUUUUGGGGGCUAUCUGGAGUGUAGAAUGGGUGUUUUGUGAAACUGGACCAGUCUGCCUUGCCAUGAGCUGUUGAAGAAAACUCUUCUCCUCUCCCCUCCUCUCCUAUCCUUCUCUCUCCCUUCCCCUCCCUUCCUUCUCUCACCCCUCUCCCCCAACCCCCCCCCCAUCCCACUCUCCUGGUACUGUGGGUCCUCAUGGAGAUCCCAGUAGAGGCUUCGGACAGACAGCCUCAUCCAUCCAGUCUCCAAAAGGAAGACAGUAAAGCAACCAGGGGUGCCCUGGGAGUUUCCGGUUGUAUUGGAUGCCUAUACUAAGCCCUCUUAGUCAGGUUUCAGGUCCCCAUUGGCUGGGAAAGAAAGCUGUUUUUGUUUUGUACCAUGGAAAGACCCUCUUUUGUGAAGACUUGAGGACAAAGAAAGGACGUCUUCAGACCUGGGUUCUGUUUUUCUGCUACACAAUGUGAAUAGCUCGGAGUGCAACCCUCUGUGACGGUCGCUGUCUCAGGAAUAAGCUGGGGGUCUCCAAUGCUUGGGGAUUCUUGGAGUCUCUAAGGUGAUAAUCACAAGAGUUUUAUUUCUCUGUUAAAUGUAUCUGUUGUGUUUUUAAUUAAACUCCAAAUUUCAUUUCCUAUGGAGUCUUGGAAAAAUGUAAGCUGUGCUAUCAUUGGGCUAAGAAGCUUGUUCAGGACCUCAUUCAUACCUGGGAGCUUGAUUCUUGAGGAGCAAGGCUCAGGAUUCUUCACACACUGGCGGUGCCUCCUGUGGACUCUGAAUCCUGCUGAAGUGAGGAGGGUAUGAGAGAAGGGCACCCGCUUCUCACUGAAUGACUGUCUGCAGCAGAGCGCCUUCCACCUGGACCACAGCUGGGAAUGGAUCUGAGACAUGGACGCAGAGCAAGGAACUGUUUCCCUUUUCUUGCCAUCUGGGGGAGUAUGCAUGUGCACCUCCUCUUCCCUCAAUCAAUGGACAUGUUCUAGUAGUCUUUAGAGUGUCACCUGCGUGGUGCAGGAGCCUUCCAGCCUUGUCUGAAGGCCGCCACUAUCCAUUCUUUGACCUCCAUAAGCCAGCAUUGUAAGAUGAUUGCACAAGACAAGAAAGAAGCUUCCAAUGAUGGCAUCUUUAUACGUGAGCCAUUCUCCAGUAAGCAGAGUCCAUUUUGGGGUUUACCUCUGGGUGUGUACAGAGCCUCACAGCUGGAGCCUGACGUCCCCCACCCUUACCCCACCCCCCUUGAGUGAGACUGGUGUUAACAUCUUAGUGACUGACUGUGCCCUUUCUCUGUUGUGGGGACAACAGCCUUCAUGAGGAAAAGCCUCCCUCCAGGGCCCAGCAGUGCUCCCCCCUCCGAGCUCCCGGCCCUCCUGUUCUGCUGAAGUAGGUACUGCCUUCUCUGGGGCAAAGGAGAAGAAAAGCUGGCAAGAGUUCUGUCCUGCUUGUGUGAGUUAUCUGUUGCUGUGUAGAAAAUUACCUGCAAUGGUAAGAGCUUCCUUGGAUGGUGUCAGGAGCUGCUGAGCACGGAGACUUUAGCAUAGGCUCUUGGGAAGACACAGGUAGGGUGUGGGCAGGGGCUGCUCUCUGCUGGAGCUGGAGAAUUCUACUUUUUUUUGUGGCCAUCAGAAUCUCUUACUUGGUCACUCCCCCCACCCCCCAUGGGUCUCUGGGGUAGACUGUGUGGGAGCAUUCUACUUCCUCCUGAAUGCUUGAUCCCAGAGAAGGAGGUGGAAGAAGAAAGUUGCAGUGCCUUUAAUCACCACGCCGUAAAAGGAAGAAAACAGGAGAUAAGGGAGGUGGAGGCAGUCACAGCCAUAAGCUAGGUGCACAUUGCUAUCAGAACAGCCCUCUAGCUGGGACCAAACUGGGAUAGAAGACAGACUUCUACCUGCUUGUCUUAGGGAGAGAUGGCAGGAAAUGAAGAUCUCCAGAUCUGCAUCCUCAACUGCCAUCUUCUCAAGGACGUUUGCUUUGCAAGUCUCUGAGGCGUUCUCUUUAAGCACUGCUCACCCCUUCUGUUUCCCUUUAGCAGAGAAUUGACUAAAGAAGUUGGGGGCAUUUCUGUGGAGCUAGCUACACAAGCCUUCUUACCGGAGGAGGCGUGUCAGGCAGGUAACAGGCUGUUAGAUGUUCGGUUUCUGAGCUGCAGAACAAGCAGCAGUUAGUUCCCUUUGCCUUCUGACAAUGGUAUCAAAGCCAGGUACCCCGUGAGUCGGUGCAUUGGCUAGGGUCUCCUGUCCAGAAGCAGUUUCUCCCUCCAUACGCCAGGAACACCUGAGAGUGCACAUGACUGGCCUGGUCAGUGCAGUGUGCAGAGUAGCAGAUUGCCUCCUGGGUGCCUUGUUGGAAGUGUGCUCUUAAAAGAACCUGUAAGAGAAGCUUGAGGUAGCCCACCAGUGCCUCGGAUCUCAUAGGAUGUAGCCCGUCUCACCAUCCUUAGGUGGAAGCUCUUGUUGGGAUUGGUGUGCUGUCCUUCAUUAGCAGUGUCUUUCCUGUAGUCAUACUUGCUUUAGUGUGUACUUGAAGUACUAGUGGAUGGGGGUUUCUUUCUGCUCUGAGGAGGGCAGAGGAUGGUUUGGGUACUGUCUUCUUGGGCUUCUCAGACCUUCACGGUUCAGUUGGGUUCCACUGAAAGGCCAGCCAGCCAGCCAGCUCGUGUACAAGGCCCCAGUGUUGGCAGCCAUUUAUCAGGGAAAGAACCUUCCCAUCUCCAUCUUGAGCACUGGCUGCUUGAGGGAGUUGUGCCAUAACCCUUCCCCUCCCCCUAGAAGGAAGGCGCCUCUGUCUUCAUGUAGUUCAAGUUCUUUGGUGUGUUUUCUGACUCCGUGUCCACGGCGGCUGUUUAUUAAUCUGCGAGACUCAAUCACUGACCCAUCCUUAUCACAGGAAGGUGGGACCUUCCCUGUAGUGGGGGAACACCAUUGCUUGGGGAAGAAGGUUCUGUCUGAACUUGGAUUAGGGCAUGGUUACCUCCAACCCCUAGCCUCUCAGCUUUUAGUAAUGGGAAUUGGGGUUCCUGCGGUUGACUCAGUCCUUCAGUGCUUAGCAGUGUUUCCUGCUCUGAUAAUGGGUUUCAACAUGGUGGCUUUUUGAGGCUAGGUCACAGAAACGUGACUGAAGACUAUAAGGAUGACGACAGGUCCUCAUUUUUCAGUUGACAAAUCAAGAUACCUUCCCCACCCUCUGAAACUGUAGCUUUCCUUUAGGCAGGUUCUGGAACUUGGUGCCUGUUGGCAGUCUUCAGGUGGCACAUGGUUUCUCCCUGCUUGCUCAGCUCUUCUUGAAGCCCUAGUGGCCAUACUGUGUGCCCAGUAGAAAAAGCCUACUGCACUGAGAUAGUUCUCAGUGGAUGCAGACUCCUGUUCACGUUGGUGAGGUGGGAGGCAUCGAGAGGCUGGACGCCUGGUAGACACACAGCUGUGCUGGUGUUUCUGCAGGGAGCCCCUGCCAGGGCUUCAGACCCAGACUCCGUGAAUCCAGCACAGAAUGCCCACUCUUGCCUUUAUACCCCACCCUUCCUUUCUAUUUCAGUCUUUUAAAAACUGUCCAGCCCUGACCUUGGGGUUAUGAUCGGAGAACAGGAGAGUGGGGACACCAGCAGGAGGUAUGGGGACCACACAGGCUCACGCCAAUGCCUUUGCCCCACUUAAUGGCUGUGGGGCAUCUCCAGUAAUCCUUAAGGUGACUUGAAGAGCCUCCAAGGACACCGAUGCCCGGUUGUCCAUCUUAAGCAUCUUUGUGUUUUCUGAUGACCCUUCCCUGCUCACUGCUGCAAUCCCAGCCAUGUGGGAUGGGGUUUCAGAGGCUGCCUGCCAGCACUUUCCCUUUGUUCCUCUGGUGUGCUGUCCCUCCCACCUCCUCUCAGUCACUGUCAGCAAUGCCAUCCUAGGACCGUGUGUGAUUCCAUGACCAGUUUGUUUUCACUGUCCUGCCAAACAAGCAGGCGUUUGGAACUAGGAAAAAAAUCCUCACCAACGGUUGCUGUUACAGUUAAAUAAAGACCUUGAAUACUGA